CGGCGAGCCGGUCGAGUGCGAGCUGAGGCGGAUUUUCGUUGGCGACGACAACAACGACGACGACGACGGGCAUCGCGACGCGCACACGUGCCAUACCAAUUCAUAAGUGACUCUUCCAGUGCGUAAAAGGGAAUACCUUUAAAAUUUCCAGAGUGAACUGCUGAGAUUCGACAAGAAAAAUUAUUCAACGUGUGAAACGUGUGUGUGAAUCAAUUACUAGUGCAUGAUUUGGAUUAAACAUUCGAAGGCUUUGCUGCGAAAGGAUUAUUGACAUGCGCGUGAAUUAAAAUGUAUGUACCACCUCGGUGAUGUCAGUUUACCCGUGCAGCGGCGGUGGCGGUGGCCACGCGAUGACACCCAUCGUGUACCUGCUGCUCUAUUGCUGCUCCAUCGCGGGGGCGGCAGCGGGAUCGUCGACGGCUGAGCACGUGCGUGAUCUUGAGGUGUCCGAGGGCGCCGCGGUCGGCACACGGAUCGGCUUCAUCGGCGAUGGGCUCGCGCCCGACAGCGGCCCACCCUACCUCAUUGUUCCCGUGGGCAGUAUCAGUGUGCACUCCGAUCUAAACAUUGAUAAGGAAACCGGAGAGGUACGCACGAAAAUACCCCUGGAUCGUGAGGUACGUGCGAGUUAUUCGUUUGUGGCGCUGCCAAUGAACGGCAUGUACGUCAAGGUCAACGUCAAGGUCCUGGACGAGAACGACAAUGCGCCCACAUUCCCCACGGCGGUGAUGAGUAUAGAGUUUCCGGAAAAUACUCCCAGGGAUGUAAAACGUACACUACUGCCAGCAAAAGACCUAGAUCUGGAUCUAUACAACACUCAGAAGUAUAAUAUUGUCUCUGGGAAUGUCAAUAAUGCAUUUAGACUCUCCUCACAUCGGGAGAGAGAUGGUGUGUUGUAUUUGGACAUGCAGAUUAAUGGCUUCCUGGACCGAGAAACAACCUCAUCAUAUUCCCUGGUGAUUGAAGCUUUGGAUGGUGGAACACCUCCAUUGAGAGGGGAGAUGAUGGUUAACAUCACAAUACAGGAUGUUAACGAUAAUCAACCCAUUUUCAAUCAAAGUAGAUACUUUGCUGCUGUACCAGAAAAUGCAACAAUUGGUACCACGGUUCUACAGGUCUUUGCAACGGAUAGUGAUGCCAAUGAAAAUGGUCAAAUCGAAUAUUUCAUCAAUCGCAGACAAAGCGAUAAAGAUGCCAUGUUCAAGAUAGAAUCAUCCACAGGUGUCAUCAGUGUAAACAAACCCUUGGACUUCGAAACCAAGGAACUUCAUGAGUUAGUAAUUGUUGCCAAGGACAAAGGUCUACAACCAUUAGAAACCACCGCUUUUGUCAGUAUAAAAGUCACUGAUGUCAAUGACAAUCAACCUACGAUCAAUGUCAUCUUCCUCAGUGAUGAUGCAACUCCGAAAAUAUCAGAAAGCGCUCAACCUGGCGAAUUCGUAGCGAGGAUCUCCGUGAAUGACCCAGACUCCAAAACAGAAUACUCCAACAUCAAUGUAUCUUUGUCCGGUGACAGGGAACUACAACCGAAUUACACACUUAAUGUGGAAGCCACCGACACGGGUACACCACCUUUGCAUGCAACGCGGACAAUUAACCUCAAAGUGACUGAUAUUAACGAUAAUGCACCGGUGUUUGAUAAGGAUGUGUAUCAUGCAAAUGUGAUGGAGGUGUCUGAUCCUGGUAGUAGUGUAGUGCAAGUGACCGCGCGUGAUAAAGACGAAGGUGACAACUCAGUAAUCACGUAUUCACUGGUAGACACACCAGAUACUCAUAGUUCGUGGUUCCGGAUUGAUAGUAGAAGUGGGCUGGUCACCACAAAAGCUCACGUGGAUUGUGAGACCAAUCCAGUGCCGCAGUUGACAGUGGUCGCGACGGAUAGUGGGUUUCCGCCGUUGAGUAGCACGGCUAAAGUGUUUGUGACUAUUCAUGAUGUCAACGACAACGAACCCAUCUUCGACCAGAGCUUCUACAAUGUUUCUGUGGUGGAGAACGAACCGAUUGGACGAUGCAUUUUAAAGGUAUCGGCCACAGAUCCGGAUUGUGGGGUGAACGCCAUGGUGAACUACACACUGGACCAUAGCUUCGGCAACAUGAAAGAGUUUGAAGUGCGUAGUAGUACCGGUGAGGUGUGCAUCCUCUCACCAUUGGACUACGAAACACGAAAUGUCUACGAGUUUCCUGUGAUUGCAACGGACCGUGGUGGACUCAGUACCACUGCGAUGAUCAAAAUUCAGAUAACCGACGCCAAUGACAAUCGACCGAUUUUUUACCCGAGAGAAUAUAAUGUUUCUUUGCGAGAAGGAGGUGGUACCUCAUCGACGCCGGUUGUGAUAGUGGCUGCUACAGAUCCCGACUCCGGAAAGUUUGGUACCUUGACGUACCGCAUCACUUCUGGUAACGAUGCUGGUUAUUUUCGAAUUGAUCGGAAUACGGGUGAGAUUUUUGUCACACGGCCGAAUAUGUUGUCGUCACGGACGAAGAGGUACCAUCGUUUGAAUAUAUCAGCGAGUGAUGGCGGCGGACUCAAGUCGGAGGCGGACGCCGAAGUCUUCAUCAGCGUGAUAGAUGCUGCACAGAAACCGCCCAUCUUCGAGCACUCGCGGUACACGUUCGGCGUGAAGGAAGACGUCCGCCGUGGUACCGUUAUCGGCUCUGUGAAGGCAUCCAUCGCCGGCGACUCUUCAGGUUCGUCACACGCCAUCAGAUACUCAAUCUAUUCAGGGGAUCCAGAUGGUCUCUUCAGCAUUGAUCCGGUAACAGGAUCAAUCAGGACUUCAGCGGGAUUGGAUCACGAAGUGAGAGGUAGUGUUUUGUUGAAUGUACAAGCAACCAAUGGAGAGCCGCCAUCUUAUGGUCACACCCAAGUCAAUAUUGAGAUUGAAGAUGUCAACGAUAAUGCGCCUGAAUUCGAAUCGAAUACUGUGAAGAUUUCUAUACCGGAGAAUGUUGAAGUUGGCUCACCUUUAUAUGCUGCCCAUGCUAGAGAUAGAGAUUCGGGUUCUAAUGGGGUGGUUCGAUAUAAAUUAGUGAAUAAAGCAGCCAUUGGUGGGUUGUUUGACGUGGACCCUAAAUCGGGACAUGUUAGUUUAACAAGGAGAUUGGAUUACGAAACUGCUGAGCGUCACAGUUUGGUCAUUACUGCUUCCGAUAUGGGUGUACCAUCAUUAUCAGCUAAUCUGACUGUACUGGUGGAAGUUCAGGAUGUCAAUGAUAACCCGCCUGUGUUUGAACGAGCUGAAUACGAAGUUAAAGUAAUGGAAACCCUACCAAUAAACUCACAGAUUAUUCAAGUAACUGCCAUUGAUCUUGAUACGGGUAACAAUGCCAGAUUGACCUACCGACUCUUAACCAACAAUGCAACUCUAUCAGAUUCCCUGGGAGUGUUUGGGGUCUUCCCAAAUAGUGGAUGGUUAUACCUCAGACAAAAUUUAGAUCGCGAGAUCAAAGAUCGAUAUUCUCUCACAGUUGUUGCUACUGAUAAUGGAACACCAAAUGAAUCUGCUUCAACUAAAGUAGUCAUCAACGUGUUGGAUGCAAAUGAUAACGAUCCCAUCUUUGACAAGGAAGCCUAUGAAUUUGCUGUGGAGGAAAAUCGACCACGUGGCAGUUUCGUAGGUGCCGCAAGGGCUGUGGAUAAGGAUAUCGGUGCAAAUGCAGAGGUGCGCUACUUCUUGAUACCGAGCAAUACCAGUUUCCAGAUAAAUCCAAUUAGUGGUGUCAUCACGACAAAGUCGACGUUGGACCGAGAGUCGAAAGAGAAUUACGACCUCGUCAUUGAAGCGCGUGAUCAAGGUACACCAUCGAGAAAUUCACGACAACCACUGCGAAUUCACGUCUUGGAUGUGAACGACAACGCACCUGAAAUUGUAGAUCCACAAGAAGAUGUCAUCAGUGUGCGAGAGGAACAACCACCAGGUACUGAAGUCGUUAGAGUACGUGCUGUGGACGCUGAUAAGGGCAACAAUGCUAGUAUAACAUACGCCAUCUUGAAAAAUCGAGACUCUGACGGCCAAAACGUCUUCACUAUUGAUCCAUCUACCGGAAUUAUUAGAACCAAGCAGAUGUUGGACCACGAAGAGAAAACUAUCUAUAGACUAGCAGUGACAGCUACGGACAGUGGUACCCCACCAAAACAAACCGUGCGGACUUUGCGUAUUGAAGUGUUGGACCUGAACGACAACAGACCAACGUUUACCAGUUCAAGUUUAGUGUUUCGUGUGCGUGAAGAUGUCCAUAUUGGAUUUGUGGUAGGGUCAAUUGCACCUACCUAUAAUUUAGACGAUAGCAAUGUGAUCUUAAACAAUUUCGGCCAAAUUACUUAUGUUUUAAACUCAUUGGGAAGAGACAGUUUACCGGACGCAUUUGAUAUUGAUCGUGGUACAGGGUCUUUAGUAGUAGCACGUAGGUUGGAUCGGGAAAAGCAAGCCGAAUAUCGUCUGGAAGUACGUGCCUUGGACACAAGUGCAACGAACAAUCCACAAAGCAGUGCGGUGACAGUUCGGGUAGAUAUUGCAGACGCUAAUGAUAAUGCUCCACAAUGGCCUGAAGACCCAAUGAUGAUUAGGUUUGAUGAAGACGCUGUUGUGGGAAGUGCAGUGUAUAAUUUUAGUGCCUUUGAUGCGGAUUCUGGUAGUAAUGGUGAUUUGAGAUACAAAUUAAUCAAACAAUAUCCUGAUAAAGGAGGUUUUACAAUUGAUCCACUUACUGGCACACUCCUGGUGACCCAAAGUUUGGACUAUGAAACUUUAAAAGAUUACGUGUUGAUUGUCCAAACUACUGAUCAAUCUUUAAAUGUAUCCGAACGUUUGUCAACUACCGUUACCGCAAAAGUUACUUUGAAUGAUAUCAAUGAUAACAGUCCGGUAUUUGUCUUACCAUCAAGUGCCAACGUUUACUUUCCCAGUGAUACUUCGAUUGGAAUGCCAGUGGCGCACCUAAUGGCGGUGGAUCUUGAUUCCGGCGAAAACGCAAGAAUUUCCUAUGUCAUAUCAGGAGGAAAUGAACAGGGGUACUUUUCGUUGGGUUAUGACACUGGUGUGCUCACACUGUCGAAGUUUAUCGACGCAUCCAAUCUUCUCCAUUAUGUCAACGUAACCGCAAGCGAUCAUGGCAAUCCACCGCGACACACACGGAUUGCUUUGAAGCUGUCGUUGCAAGACUUUGUCGACACACCGCCGCGAUUCACCGCCGACGUGUAUCAUCUGGAGAUCGCGGAAGACGCGACGCCUGGCGCGUUCGUCACCAGGUUGAGCACGAAGACCGCCUCGGAUCGAGACGUCAAUCUUACGUUCUUCAUACCGAACGGCCUAGCGGACGACGCGUUCGUCGUCGAUGCGUCCACUGGCGUUGUCUCCACGGCAAAACCGUUGGAUCGUGAGAAUCGCGCCGAGUACUAUCUGCCCGUGUACGUGACGGACGCAAAUCGCAAGGACGAGCAUUUCGACGUGACCAAGCUGAAGAUUUCCGUGUUGGAUUUGAACGAUCACGCGCCGGAAUUUAAAGCGACUGCUUGCUAUCCGUUAUCGAUUCCGGAAAACAGUGAUGUGAGUAUUGUGCAUACAGUCGUAGCAAUGGAUCCGGAUGUGGGCAACAAUGGCGUCCUUGUUUAUUCAAUAACUAGUGGAAACAAUGGGAACAAAUUUUUCAUCAAUUCAACAACAGGAGAGCUCACGGCAAAGAGCCUGGACAGAGAAUCACAAUCGAAGUAUCAUUUAACAGUGACAGUUCAAGAUAGAGGAACACCAUCUCAUCAAAAUAGCUGCAAUAUUUCCGUCAGGGUUGAAGAUCUAAACGAUAACGAUCCGAAAUUUGAUAGUCCUACGUACACAACACAUAUCAAUGAGGAUGUACCAAUUGAUACAUCUGUUAUGCGAGUAAAGGCAUCUGAUGCUGAUAUUGGUGUGAACGCAAAACUUAUAUAUUCUAUAGCUAACGAAAGCCAGUGGCUGUUUAGAAUUGACAACAAAACUGGCAUUAUUACCACUGCAGGACACUUUGAUAGGGAGAGACAGGCUGAGUACAACUUUCAAGUUGUAGCUACAGAUAAUGGUAAAUCAAAUGCCAGAUCACAAAGAGUUCCUGUGAAAGUUAUUAUUGGAGAUGUCAAUGAUAACAAACCUAGAUUCGUAAAGUAUCCGUAUCGAGAAAAGGUAACUCCGUUUGUACAACCCGGUCAGGCUUUGGUAAAAGUCACCGCAACUGAUGACGAUGAAGAUACCAACGCUGAAAUCGUUUAUAGUCUGUCACCAAAAGAAAACAAACGGAAGUUUCUUAUUAAUCCAAAUACUGGGGUUAUUAGUGCAACACAGAGCCUAGCUGGUGAUUUAUCUAAAACGAUUCAUUUGAAUGUCCUCGCUACUGAUAAGGGCAAUCCACCACAAUUUGCUCAUGGUCUUGUUGAGUUGGUCGUUGGUGAUCUUCCAGAAAACAUGCCAAAAUUAACAUUUCAAAAUUCUACGUAUAGAGUGACUAUUCCUGAGAAUGCGGAACCCUACCGAGAAAUCUUACAAUUAUCUGCUGUGCGAUCAGAUGGUCGUCGGCAACGUGCCCACUACUCUUUUGGCAGUGGUAACGAUGAUAACAGAUUUUUCAUGGAUUCAGAAACGGGUGUAAUUCAAGUUGCUAAUCCAAAACUCUUAGACUACGAAGUUAACAAAGAAAUUCAUUUAGUAAUUGCGGCACGAUCUGAGGGUAAUCCUAUCUUAUAUGGUUAUUGCAAUGUUAUUGUGCAACUCACAGAUCAGAACGACAAUGCUCCAAAGUUCACUCAACAACAAUACACUGCUUCUGUAUUUGAGGGUAACGCUAAAGGUACUUUUGUGCUGCAAACUGUCGCUUUCGACGCUGAUGAAGGAAAGAAUUCCAUGAUUCGUUAUCAUAUAGUUGAUGGUAACCAUGACAAUGCGUUCAAGAUCGAACCUGCUUUUAGCGGAAUACUGAAAACCAGCAUUGUGUUAGAUAGAGAAAUCAGGGAUACUUAUAGACUUACUGUGAUUGCAAUCGAUGAAGGUGUCCCCCAAAUGACCGGAACUACUAGGAUACGGAUAAAUGUUGUUGACGUCAAUGAUAAUCAACCCACUUUUCCACCACACAGUGUUAUUACAGUUCCUGAAGAUACGGAAGUUGGGACAGUCCUAACAACAAUUACAGCCAAUGACGUAGAUACCAGUCCAGCUCUAGUUUAUUCAUUCGCACCACAAAUGGAUUCCCAAACCCUAAAAAACUUCAGUAUUGAUCGGUUCAGUGGUAAAGUAAUCUUAAAACGUGCUCUGGACUUUGAAACUUUGAACGAAUAUAAACUGAACAUUAUUGCUUCGGAUGAAGCUCAUCAGGCGGAAACUGUUUUGACUGUCCGAGUAACUGAUGUCAAUGAUAACCCUCCAAGGUUUACUCAGAUUGCAUACGAAGCUAAUUUGCCACUUGAUAAUGCUAAUAUUCAUGAUGUCAUCACUGUCAAUGCAACCGAUGCGGAUUCAGGAGACAAUGGACGAAUCAAGUAUUCAUUACCUUCUGCAACACCUGGAUUCUUUAUUGGAUUUGAUGGCAUCCUCAAAGCAAACACAACGAAUUUCCAAAAUGUAAAAUCAAGUUAUGUCACAAUUAACGUCGAAGAUUUUGGAUCGCCUUCCUUAAAAAGUAGCACUGUCGCACGUGUGAGCAUCAAUGGCGCCAGUCAUGGUGAAGUCAACACAAUCGCGAACGAUGGCAGUGAAUUAAAAACUCGAGUCUUUGAAAAUGCGACGCUAGGUACAACAAUUCUAACAUUGCCAGAAUCUGAUAUUUACGAUAUAAUUGAAGGCAAUGAUGAAGGACACUUUAUGAUCAUAAAUAGAGCCUUGCUGGUGAUGAAGAAACUUGAUAGGGAAAUGAAAGACAUCUUUAAGUUACGCAUUGCGAGUGGAAGUAGAAAAAUCUCGCUUGAUGUUAAUAUUGAUGAUAUAAAUGAUAAUGCCCCACGAUUUAACGAUGACAGUUACCGCGUUGCAAUAAGUGAAGCUACCCCAAUUGAUGCUACCAUUAUCAAAGUAGUUGCUCUUGAUGACGAUGCUCCUGAUACAAAGAACUCAUUGGUUGUCUAUGAACUGACAUCAGGAAACGAUGAGGGAUUGUUCCAGAUUGUAAAAGCAGAUGGUACUAUUAAAGUGGCAAAAGUGUUGGAUUAUGAUAGAGGCCAUACUUCUUAUAAACUUGUUGUGCAUGCCUGUGAUUCAGUCCAUCUGCCAUUGUGUUCAUUAUCAAUCGUACAAGUAACGUUGGAAGAUGCCAACGAUAAUGAACCUAGCUUCCCAGUUCAAGAAUACCUCGAGUUUGUAGCAGAAAACGAAUCUGUUGGUACAAGUGUUUUCACAGCGCGAGCAACCGAUAUGGAUGGUGGAAGGUAUGGCAAGUUGAACUACACCAUUGCUAGUGUGAGUUCCAAUAACUAUCCGAUUGAUGACGCUUGGAAGUUGUUCAAUAUUGACAGUGGCAGUGGUUUGGUUACCACAAACGUGGUAUUCGACUAUGAAGUUCGCAACAAGUAUGUAUUCCUUAUAAGAGCAACAGAUGUGGGUCAUAAGAGUGCUGAAGUAAAAGUUCGACUAGACAUUGAAAGUCGCGAUGAAUUCUACCCACAUUUCACAGAGAGAACCUACAAGUUCAUUCUACCGGUACCAUCUUCAGGAGCCCUUCCAGCUGGGCAUAUUGUAGGGCAGGUUACAGCUACUGACAGAGACAAGGGUCCUGACGGUAGAGUAGUGUAUCAACUUACUACACAAAACCCGUACUUUAAGAUAAACCGAACCACUGGAGCGUUAAUGGUGAAGAAGAAAAUGGAAUUAGCUAACCUUGGAAGAGAAAUUAGUUUAGUUGUAACUGCAGGUACAGGUCGUCAGAACUCAUUGACGAAUAUGACUGUAGUAGAGAUAACUUUAGAUGAACGUGGGGACAUGGGUCAAAAUCUAGCAAUAAACAAUCAGACCGUCGCAGCUAGUAAUAGCGGUAUUGCCGAUUGGGCAUUAGGGUUACUCAUUGCUCUAUUGUUAUUAUUACUAACUUUCGGAGCACUGUUUGUCUUCCUACACAUGAAGAAUAAGCGUAAUAAAAAGGUGAAUAAGCCUAACUUAGGUGGACAGGAACCAGUCACCACGAAUAAUUAUGUUGAUCCGAGUGCGUUUGACACAAUACCGAUACGUGGUGGUAAUGCUAAUGUUCAAUUUGCUCCUCCAAAGUAUGACGAGAUUCCUCCUUAUGGAGCAGCAGCCAGCAGCAAUUCGGGAGCUGCAACAACAUCAGAGUUAUCCGGCUCAGAACAGUCUGGUUCUAGUGGAAGAGGUUCUGCUGAAGAUGGAGAUGAUAACGAGGAUGAAGAGAUCAGAAUGAUCAAUGAAGGACCUUUACAAAGAGACUCAGGAAUUCACAGACAAAAUGACGACGGGGAUAAUUUAUCGGACGUUAGCGUCAGAAACACGCAGGAAUAUCUUGCACGUCUUGGCAUUGUCAACAACAGUACGGCUGUACCUCAAACGUCCAGAAUCAAUCAGGUACCUUUAGAUAGUCUAAUAUUUGAUGAAGAAACCAGUGGAGACAAUGACAUCGCAAAUUUUUACGCAAAACUAAACGAUGUAGCUAAUAGUGAUCGAGCUAGUUCGACAGAUGACGCGGUUGGUGUGACCAUGGAGCAUAUGAUGAACCUAAGCGGAUACGGUCAGGUACCAACUCAUCACAAUCAACCUUCUAUGAAUGGAUCUUUAAGUUCCAUAGUUCAUAGCGAGGAAGAACUAGCGGGCAGUUACAAUUGGGAUUAUUUAUUAGAUUGGGGACCUCAAUACCAACCUUUAGCACAUGUCUUCAGUGAAAUUGCUAGAUUAAAAGACGAUACCGUUUCAGUGCAGUCAGGGGCAAGUGGGUCCAGCGCUAAAUCCAAGGGUUCUCAGGUGAAAAGUGUACCACCACCACUGAUUACUGGCGUAGCACCUAGAGCCAUUCCGGUUUUGAAUUCCAGGGGUGGUUCCAAUCACCAUUUAAAUCAGAUCAAUUCAGUUUUACCAAGAUCAACUAUCAAUCAUGACUUGAGCAGUCAGUACAAUAACUCAACUGCUAUGUCGCCGAGUUUCUCGCCAUCCUUAUCGCCUCUAGCGACAAAAAGUCCGUCAAUAUCACCUUUAGUCACUCCUGGUUUGACCACCGCGCAUCACGUACGACAGGCGCCAACUCGUGCGAAAGCCAACAUGGAUGGCGAAAUGCGGAUAUAAAUAUUAAUCGCCGAACUGAUAAUUUUGUUCAUUAUUAUUUAUUAAUGUCGCGGUUUAAAACGAGUGUGUGAUCGCCAUAUAUGCAUUUGUGCAUUCGAAACAUUUGUUCUAAAAUGUUUCAUGGAAAUUGCUCCGGCUGAAGAUGAUGAUACUAACUAUAAUAUUGUUUUUAUUGAAAAAAAUACGCCAAUGUAAAUGUUGUAGGUAUGUAACUUAAUCGAAUUUUUAAUUAUGUUAGCAUGGCACUUUGUAAUGGACUGAAAAACAAAACUCGUAAGCGUGUGUCAUAUGUAUAAAUGUACAAAUAUAAUUGAUAAUGUAAUUAAAUAUGUAUAAGUGAAUAAAGCAAUGAAGAGAAAUAAAAAUAUAA